CAUCUUGAUAUUGAAAAAGUUGUGCCCUCUCUCUCUCGAAUUUUCAUAGCCUCUCUGAAACGCAAGAACGAGAAGAUUUUUAUUGUUGUGUGAUUUUAUAGUUAUUGGAUAUUACCAAGUUUUCAAACAAUUUAUUACUCUCCGAAGAAAAGGAUUUCCAGUGGAAUUUUAAGUGUACAAUAUGUUGUUGAUUAGAGCAAGAGGAAAGGACGGUACAUUCCGUUUAGAAUUAUCAGCAGAUCAAACAGUUUUGGAUAUCAAAAAACUCAUCGAAAAGGAAACAUCAAUUCCUCACUCAAGUAUUUCUGUUACCAAGUUCCGCGAAAAGACACCACUGAAAAACACUGAUACAGUUCAAGGUUCUCAAUUAAAACAUGGUGAUAUGAUUGAAUUUGUUUAUGAUACUACUCAACACAAAUCAAAACAAGAAGUUGAAGAGGAAAAAAAGAGUCAACUUAGGGAUAGUGAAGAUUUGGAUAAUUUGGGUUUGAGAGAAAGAAAAAAGCAUUGGACUUUGAGUGAAUAUUUAGAUCUUGUAAAUCAAGUUAAAAUUACAAUCAAACAUCAAAAGUAUGCCAUUUGUUCGACUGCUUAUUUGGAUCAAUUAGUAGGUCAAUCAUUCCAACAAUUCCUCCUUCAAACUAGAUUCCAAUUCCAAAGAUUUGCCUUCCUCUACGGUGAAACAAAAGAAGGAAAGAAGCCACAACCAACAGAAGAAGAAAAAAAGAAGGCCACAAAGGAUGAAAACAUUAAUGUGGAUGAUGAUUAUUUGGAUGUUUAUAUUAAGGUAUUAUUUGAACCAAAACAAGACAGUACGCCUGAAGGAUUCAAACAAGUCGAAGAUACAGUUUUUAAUGAUAGAGCUGACACUUUGGCAUCCAUGUUGGGAAUGAAGAAAGUGGGUUGGAUUUUUUCACAUGACGGACAAAGAGAGUAUCCAUUGUUAGGUCCUGAAAUUAUCAAGGCUGCAGAAUAUCAAUCAAAAUAUGGCCCUUCAUUUGUAACAAUUACAGCUUGUCCAAACGAGAUUGGAGAAAUUCAAUUCGAAGCCUAUCAAGUUAGCAAACAAUGUGUAGAACUUUGGGAAAAGGGUUUGCUUUCGGAGAAUCCAGAAAAUCUAGAAUUCUUAAUUGCUAAGAAGCAAGUCGAAAUAGAAAGAAAAAUGACAAAUGAUAUUGAUGCUUUAUUAUUAGUGAGUAACGUUGCUAUUGCUCCACACAAGAGUAGCUUCCAAGUUGGCUUCCCUCCAAGAAAUAGACCAGGUAAUGAAAUGUUCCAAAAUAUGGUGGAACUCAAGUCAGUUCUUCUGGAAAGAAGAUCUCAAAAAUUCGUUCAACGAGUUUCAGAUUUUGAUUUAUUGCUCUUCUUGACUGAUUAUUUGAGCUUAUCUUCUGACUUCCCAGGAUUGUGUGAAGCUGUAUUAAGCCAAAAUAACUCUCAAGCAACAAUAUUCGAAGAACUUAUUAAUGCUUAUUGUGGUAUUAACUAAUUGUACAAUAAACUAACCAAUUUAAAUCUUGU